GACACCAGAGCGAACUAUCCAAUGCUGCUCAGAACGCCCUGUGUUAUUUAUUGUUCCUGUUUGCAUUGAAAGAGGAACUGAUUAUGAAAGUAACAUUCAUGAGAUACCAGUAGGAUCCAUUCUGCUCCUCCUCUUUUAAAUCUUAGCUCAACUGUUCUGUAACUGACUUUGAACCGGACAGUGCGAGGGUCAGAGCGCCAGAGAAACCUGAACAACAUGGAAGAAACAGGAGGCAGACGGGCCGAGAAGAAAGUAGUUGCUGUGGUAGGCGGUGGUUUGGUUGGGUCACUUAAUGCUUGUUUCUUUGCCAAAAGAGGCUUUGAUGUGGAGGUCUUUGAAAGCAGGGAAGAUAUCCGGAAAGCCAAAAUUGUGAAGGGGAGAAGCAUCAACCUGGCCUUGUCUCACCGAGGCCGACAAGCUCUAAAACAUGUUGGAAUGGAGGAGAAGAUUGUCUCUCAGGGAAUCCCAAUGCAUGCAAGAAUGAUCCAUUCACUGAGUGGGAAACAGUCCCCAAUCCCUUAUGGCAAGAAAGGCCAGUACAUCUUGUCUGUCGACCGUGCCAACCUGAACAAACAGCUACUAACAGAGGCAGAGAAGUAUUCAAACACAAAGCUGAACUUCGAUCACAAACUGCAGAACUGGAACCCUGAAACAGGGCUAAUGACCUUUGUCAGGUCAGACGAAUCUAGGGAGCAGAUUCAUGCAGACCUGAUUGUAGGCUGUGAUGGAGCUUUCUCUGCCAUCCGCAAGCAGUUCCUUCGUCGCAGCCGCUUCAACUACAGCCAGACGUACAUCCCUCACGGCUACAUGGAGCUCACUAUACCACCCAUCAAUGGAGAGUUCGCUAUGAAACCUAAUUAUCUGCACAUCUGGCCACGAAACACAUUCAUGAUGAUCGCCCUUCCCAACCUGGACAAGACAUUUACCUGCACCCUCUUCAUGCCCUUUGAAGAAUUUGAGAAGAUCACCACAGGAGAUGAAGUCAUUGAGUUUUUCCAAAAUUACUUCCCCGACUCCAUCCCGCUAAUCGGAGUCGAAGCUCUCAAGAGAGAUUACUUUCGACUGCCUGCACAGGCCAUGGUGUCUGUUAAAUGCUCCCCAUAUCACAUUGGUGACAAAUGUGUCCUCAUGGGAGACGCAGCCCAUGCUGUGGUGCCUUUUUACGGGCAGGGAAUGAAUGCUGGCUUUGAGGACUGCAUUGUCUUCGAUGAAAUAAUGGAUCAGUUCAAUGAGGAUUUCAGUGCUGUACUACCUGAGUAUACCAGGGUCCGUGUUCCUGAUGAUCAUGCAAUCGCAGACCUGGCCAUGUACAACUAUGUUGAAAUGCGAGCACACGUCAACUCCAAAUGGUUCCUUUUCAGAAAGUAUGUUGAUAACGUCCUCCACUUCUUAAUGCCAAAGGCAAUAAUCCCACUCUACACGAUGGUGACUUUCACCAGGACCAGAUACCAUGUAGCUGUGGAGCGCUGGCACUGGCAAAACAAAGUGAUAAACUACAGCCUGCUGCUCGGUGCUGCGGGAGCUGUUGUCGGAGGCUCCUACCUGCUCAUUAAAAAUCCUCCAGAUAUGAACAAGCUCGUCUCCCCCGCUGAGAAGAUGUGGAACAAGCUUGUGUCUCUUAAGACCCCUUGAGUACUGGCACCUUCUCAGACCUGAUAGACAGGUGCAGUGACUGCAGCAUCCAACAUGAGAAUGAGCUUUAAUUAGAUUUUGAUUAAAUCAUCAGGUUCACAGUAAACGCUCUGCAGGGGAAUUAUGCUCUGUAAUAAUGACUGCAUUAACUUAUACCAGUGAUGGAUGGUACGAUUUGACAACUUUUCAUCAGUGUUGAAGCAAUAAUGGUUAAACUCAGGGAGUCUGGUGGUGGAGUUUUGAUUAGAUUGCUUGAAAAGGUUUUCAUGUAAAAAAAAAAAAGAUGUCAGUAUUAAACUCUUAGACAGGGUCUUAGGUACCUGUGUGAGCUUUUAUAGCUGCUUGUACUGUCUAUGCAAAUAAAUGUUACCUCUCAUCAAA